CAGGCAGCCGUUUCCUACCGGAACAUCGGCGUUUGUCCUCCGAGUCCGUCAUGAAUCCGCUGACGAAGGUGAAGUUGAUCAACGAGCUGAACGAGCGCGAGGCCGACCUCGGGGUCAGGGAGUCGGUGUCGUGGCACACGGAGUACAGGGACAGCGCCUGGGUGUUUGUGGGAGGAUUUCCGUACGAGCUGACGGAGGGCGACGUCAUCUGCGUCUUCUCUCAGUACGGAGAGAUCGUCAACAUCAACCUGGUCCGAGACAAGAAGACGGGGAAGUCCAAAGGCUUCUGCUUCAUCUGCUACGAGGACCAGAGGAGCACCGUCCUCGCCGUGGACAACUUCAACGGCAUCAAGAUUAAAGGUCGGACGAUCCGCGUGGACCACGUCAAAGACUACCGUCCCCCCAAAGACACGGAGGACAUGGAUGACAUCACCAAACGUCUGAGGGAGGAGGGCUGCGCUCCCAAAGGUCGCGCCUCCUCCUCCUCGUCCUCCGAGGAAGACGAGCAGUACAGCGUUCCUGUGAAGAAGCCCAAAAAAGACAAAAAAGAGAAGAAGAAGAAGAAAAAAGAGAAGAAGAAGAAGGAGAAGGAGAGGGCGCGGCAGUCCUCCUCGUCCUCCUCGCCGCCUCCUCGUCCUCUUCGUCCUCCGGCCGUCAGAGUCAAACAGGAGAAGGAGGACGCCGCCUACGACAAGUACAACCAGCGGGGGACGCCACCGCCAGGAGGACAACAGAAUGGACAGAGAGCCAGAGACAACGAGAGACUGCGGGGGGAGGAGGAGAGGAGGACGGGGACAGAUGGAGACAGACAUCGAGACAGGGAGGGGGACAGACACAGAGAUGGGGACAGGAGGAGAGAGACAGACAGAGACUAUGACCGAAAAAGAGAGUUAGACCGAGACACAAGAAGAGAGACAGACAGAGACAAAGAUGGUGACAGGAGGAGGGAGACGGACAGAGACAGAGACACAAGAAGAGAGACAGACAGGGACGGUGACAGGAGGAGGGAGACGGACAGAGACCGCGAUAGAAGAAGAGAGACAGACAGAGACAGUGACAGAAGGAGGGAGACGGACAAAGACAGAAGGAAAGACGCAGACAGAAGUAAACACUGAGUUCACCUAAAGUAUACUGGGAGGACAGAGACAGGGAUGGAACAAGACAGACGGACGGACAUAGACAGUAGCAGAGGAAGAGACACAGACGGACGUAAAGACGGAGACCUGAGUUGUGACGUCCUCCCGCUCAGACGAGUUUUUAUUGUUUGAGUUUUGUAAUAAAACAAAGAAAUGUC